AUGCCUGUUCUUUAUGCUGUUUUCAUGUUUAUGGGUGUUUCAGCUCUACGAAAUAUGCAAAUUUUUGAUCGAGUUUUAUUAAUGUUUAUGCCACAAAAACAUCAACCUGAUUAUCCAUAUUUACGUCAUGUGCGUAUAACACGUGUUCAUUUAUUUACGGCUAUACAAAUUAUUUCACUUGCUGGUAUGUUUGCUAUAAAAAGUGUUAAAUCAAUAGCAAUUGGUUUUCCAGUAUUGGUACUUGCAACAUGUUUUGUUCGUAAAUUAAUGGAUAAGAUUUUUACACAAGAAGAACUUUUUUGGCUUGAUGAUAUAUUACCUGGUACUAAAAUUGGUCGUAUUCGUCGUACAUCAGCUGCUCGUAAUGUUCAUAUACCAAAAUCAAAUGAUGAUGAUGAUAAUAAUGAAACAAUAACAAUUGUAAAAGGCACAUCAAUGAAACAAGAUUAUAUCAAUGAUGGUCAUAUGCCAACUAGUGAUUCUGAUCAAUCACAUGCUCCGUUGAUUGUUGUCACAGAAGCAUUACCAUCAGAGGAAUUAGAAGAAGAAGAAGAAGACACCGAGGAAGUUGAACAUUUAAUGAUUCGUGAUUUAUCAUCAGAACAAUAUCAUUUUGUCAAUGGUAAUACGAAAAAUAAACUUGGUCCAACAUCGGUAUAA